AUGGAUCUCCUGCCAAAGUAUCUGAACGAGCUGCAGGAUGGCAACAAAGCACGGCGGAUCGAGGCGUAUCGCAUGCUCAAGCACUUCGCCUCCGCCUGCCGGGAGCAGCUGAGCUUGACGGAGGGGUUUGACAUCAUCCGCGGCUGUCUGCGCGGCUUCGAGGAUGGUUCCGAGCGCUGCCGCGAAGAGGCUGUUUUGAUCGUGUUGUCGCUGCUGGAAGGGCAGACGGCGUCGGUGCUGGAUUGGGUGUUGCCGGUUGUCGUCACCCGCAUCGGCGUCUCGCCAGUCGUCGAGACGAGUGAGGAAGUUCGCCUGCUCCUCCUCCGGCUCGCCGCGCUCUGCCUGAGCGAAUUCCCGCACGAAAUCGUGAGGGGUAACUUCAUCGACUUCUUCCAGGUGCUUCUUGAAAACUGCCUGCUCGAUCCGUUCCCGGAGCUCAAGAAGGAGGCCUGCGAGGUGAUCAAGACGCUGUGCUCACUGGAGCCGCAGCGGGUGCAAGCGAUUAGCCCCGCCUUGGCGCGGCGUGUGAAGUUGACGUGCGUGAUGCACAAGCAUAGCGCAGUUCGCUGCGCUGCCGUGGGCGUGUUAGCAGUGCUGAUUCAACACGGCGCGGCGGAGAUCCUUGGAGAGGAAAAGGACGAACCGGAGAAUCAAACCACCGCGACGCUUCUUUUCGUGCUCGCGAAUGAUCAUAGCGAAGCGGUUCGGUAUGGGGUGUUGAGCGUUCUGUCAUGCGCCUUGUUGGAUAUCAAAGAGCGGCUCGACCAGCACCGGACCUACCUACCACACCUCUUACUCCUCUCUAGCGAUCCUUUUGAACGAGUCCGGGUGGAAGCGUGUGAAAUAUUGGAAAAGGUCGGCAAGCUUUACAUGUUCGACAAUGAGGACAAUCGAAUCGACCUAGCGAAGAGGCGUAUAAACGCCAAGGAUAUCGAGUGGUACGCAGAUGAUGAGUACCAAGGCACAGGUCUAGACGAAGAGAUACUUGAGAGGUAUCCUAUUUUAAGGCAACGCCCUCCGUUGGGAACGAGGUGCGCGAUAGCGGAGGCUUCGCGAAAUUUUCUACAAAAAAUUCUCGCGGAUAUAGGUUCUAUUGAUUGGGUGAUCCCGUAUUCAACGAAUAACCGUAAAACCGUGGCUCUCCGAAUCCUAUGGAACGUAAUUUUCCACUGUGAGAAAUCAAUCGUCCAAGUAUGCGAUCGAAUUCUAUCAUCGCUCUACAAGGUGAUGCGUGAUGAUAACGAGGAGGUGCGAAAGGAAGCGCUUUUGUGCGUCGAAAUGGUUUCCCGGUUCUUAACGCCAAGCCAAUACCUACCCUUUCUCAUCGCAAAACCAAAGCAGGAAGAGGAUGAGACAUUCAUCACCGUCGAGAAAACACGUACGAAAACGGUUAUUCUGUCGGAAACGGGUGAAACAAAAGAACAGAUGCCAACCCUCUUUUCUACCGCUGCCACCACAACAAAAUGCUCGAUUCUCAUCGCAUUAGGAUAUUUUCUUAAAAGUUCCGAAUCGCAUCUCACCGCCACAGACGCGACACUCAUUGUUCAAGUGAUUACAUCAAAAGAUAUCAUCGAGUGUGAAAAUGAGGAUAUGCUCCUUUCUCUCCUCUCCACAAUGCUGAUCUUGUUCGGCGUCUACUCAAGGCGCGGCUUCAUCUCCUCCCCGAGCCGUCCCCUUCCGGAGGAGAUCAAAAACGAUCCGCAGCAGCGCACAUUAGACUCCGUUCUUCUUUAUGCCCUUUUGCGGUUGAAAUGCUACACUUUUCCCAAGGUCGUUUCGCAGACGAGUCACUGUAUUGAGGAGCUUUCAAAUCUCGUCACGGGCACCCCGCUUGGGAUCUAUUCGUUGCAUCUCCAUCGGCUGCUGCUGCGCUACGCUGCGUCGUUCCCGGUCGCCGCACUCGCGGAUUUGCUCCUUCACGCCGAUUUAGAUUCCCGCGUUGGGCAACAGCUCCGCGAGAUCUUUUACGCCCGCCUUGGGGCGGUCGAUUUUACGCUGCGAAUCACCGACGAACUCCGCCUUUUUGUGGUUCUUGAGCGGCUUCUGUGGGAUCGCCGCGGCGUGUUUAGCGCGGAGGAUCUCGAGGCGCUCCUACGAAGUGUCGUGCUCCCGCUCGCGACGUUUCACCCGGGGAACGUCGCUCACCUUUUCCGAAAGGUCGCUGUCAACUGCAUUUGCGCUUAUGCUCAGAAGGAAUAUCGAGAACUGCUCGCAGAGAAGCUCUCCGAAGAUGAAUCGAGUUUGGGUUCGAAAGUCGCUCUGCAGUGGGCAUCGGCGUCCGACGGCGAUGACGGGGAGAUGCGGCUGGCGUGUAUGACGACCUUCGCGGAGGUUUGUAAGCUUCCAAUGUCAGAAGGCUGCGCUAACGAAUUAGUGCAGUCCCUUUUAAUUCGCUUUGACGACGGCAGUGAAGUGGUUCGUCUGCGUAGCGCUACAGCCCUCCGAGAGGUCAUGCUCUGUGAAAAAGAGGUCUCUCCGCGUAUAAUUAAGGAAAUUGAAGCCCAAAUCGUUCCUUUGGCGCGGAAAAUUCUUAUUUAUCUUGACGAUAUUGAUGAAAAUAUUGGGAUUCGACCCGUACUUGAAGAGGUUUUGAAACUACUUGGCGAUGUCUCGCCUCAUAUCGUCGUGGAUUUGACAACCAUCGCUAUGGAAAAGCACCAUGAUCGUCUCCCAUGUCAACGCAUUAUCAAUCAUAUCAAGGAUAAAUACACAAACAACAAUGUAUAG